AUGGCGAAGAAAGCAAAGUCCCGUACCAUCAUGGUGCGCCUCAUAUCAAUGGCAAUGACGGGAUACUACCGAACCAUGCAAAGACCGCGCGCCCACCAGCCACUGAGCAUGCUUAAAUACGAUCCUAUCGUUCGGAAACAAGUUCUUUUCCUCGAAGCUAAACGCGGCAAGAAAUAA